CCGCCUUGGUUCGCGUUGGCAGUAGUAGUUUGUAUUUGUCGCGUUCGGCAACAUGAUGAGUUGCGGAUGAGACGAUACGAAAUUUACCGGUCGCAUUGCUGAGGGGUUAGUCCGCGGUAGUCCGCAGAGAGAGAAAGAAAGAGAGAGAGAGAGAGAGAUAGAGCGGUGUGAAGUUAGUAGCUGGCGAUCGAUCGGCGAUCGAGAGUCAGUUUCAGUCGCGCGGGUUUCAGCUGAACGGCCGAAGUCGACGCAGUGCCGGGGUGCACAGGAAAUCGCGCGAGGCAUUAUACGCGCGGAGCGCGAACGAGACGAUCGACGCGCGAUCAAGGCACGAGAGCCUUCGAUCAACUCUUGGACGGUGGACACUUGGAGUGUUCGGAUUGGCUGGUGCAGUCGCAACCGAGGAAGCGGUGAGGAGCGCCGGGGAGUACCAACACGCUCCGUUUUACUCGCGCUAGCGCCGUCAACGGGAGAGAAGCGGAGGAGAACGGUGUGCGGAGCGGCAAGGUGUAGAGCAAGCGGCAGUGCCUUGCUUGCGACGGAGGGCAGCAGCGUGUAGGAGGGGGAAGAAGCGAGAAAGAGAGAGAGAGAGAGAGAGAGAAAGAGGUGGUGGUUGUAGCCGCCCGACCGACCGACCGAGUUGUUUCAUUCAUAAAAAAGUUCUUUAUUACUCUCUGUGAGCGCAUGUGCUAUUCCACCACGGAGGAGGAACGAGUACUACUACUCCCCCGACCGGCUGCGACGGCGUAACCGCGUUUACACACAGUAUUAUUUACUACUGUGCGAGAUACGAAUCGGCGCCACACGCCGUACCGGCAGCGCGGCGUACGGAUCGUUCCCGUUUCCGUCUCCGCGUCCGCGCCAGUCGUCGUCGUCCGGAGUGAGAGACUCUUCGCCGCGUGUGUCCGCGUCAAAUGAACGUACAAUUUGACGUGGUUUUUUUUGGUCCGUAUUCUCACGUGAUCCAAAAAUAGACUUUGUUCGUUUAAAUGGUGCGCGUCUGAGAAAAAAAAAAACUAAUAGAGAUCGAGUGUGAAAAACUGUGGAGGAUCGGUGGUGUGGAGAACAGGUGCCAUUUUAAAUGUCAACGCGGACGACUCCCGACAGCAACCUGGAUCUACAACAAGAAUCCGCCGUAGAUCUCUCCAUUGAACAGGAGGGAACUACGGAACGAAGAGCCACGGACCGUGGUAGCGGCAGGCCGAUACGCGAGCGUCGUCAUUGCUUGAGCUAUCGCCAAAGUUUGAACAACAACAACAUAGGUAUCGUCAGUAGGCCUAAUAGGCAAACCAUGCGUGAACGUCCGGCGGGUAAGCGACCGUGCAGGGCACUCACGCCGCAGGAAAAAAUGGACUGUAUCGUCAGGGUGCACGGUGGGGAGUCUAAAGCGUCCGUGGCACGUGACAUCGGGGUGCCUGAGUCAACGUUACGCGGUUGGUGCAAGGCGGAGGCGAAGAUUCAAUUGCAGCUGAAUAACAUGAGAGCCUCAGGUAAUUAUGAGCAAAUCUUAACGACGUCGAGUUCGGAAAAUAGCGAUAACAGCCGGCCGGGUUCGUCGCGAUCAACUCCGACCGGCCAACUCCAGGCCAUUAUGGGAAUGCCAAUGACUUCCGCGGAGAAAACCGGCGAGGAGCACGAGUCUGGCCCGGCUCAGAAGAGAGUAAAGUCAGAGAACAAUUCCGUCGCCACGAAUAUAAAUAACAUCUCGCCGUCGCCUCGAGCAUCGGUAAUCAGCACUGACUUCAAUCAGUAUCAACUACAAUCGUAUAUUUAUCAAAUGCUGCAGCAUGCGACCACUACCAACGAUGCGACAACUAGGAACCUCUUGAUCCAGCAGUUGAUGAAAGAUGCCGGAUGUAUGUCGCAUCUGAACGCAUACUUAUCGCCUACAAAUUUUAUCGCCGAUAAUCUGCAGCUGCACAGAAACAACGGCGCGGUGGCUAAUCUGCCGGUGGUGAGACAACAGCAGCAACAAACCAACAACGCGCUGCUUAACGGGAAUAAGAGGAAGUACAGCGCUCCAGGAGGGCUCACGUCAACCACCACGGACACCCCGAAGGGAUCGUCGAGGGUACCGCACAGCCUGUCGCCGAAUGCGGAGAAAUUGUCGUCCGGCAGCACUUCCCAACAGGUGAACGAACAAACUUCCCCCGUCCCGUCAACCUCGGCGAAUAACUCCGACGUAGUCGCGUCUAUUCCGUAUAGCAGAUUACCGAAAAACAGUAAAAAACUCAACGCCAUAAUAUGUACUCUGCAACAGCAACAGCAGCAUGUAUCAUCCGCGCGAAUGUGUAACGUAGGGGAAGAAAUGAUAUCCAGUAACGCGAUGAGCAAUAACAAUAAUAAUAUCGAUCACAUUGACAAUGAAACCACGAAUCGAUCUUCCAAUUCUUUGCCGCCGGGAUUUUCAGAAAUGUUAGCGUGUUGCACUAAACUAGUAGAGUGGUUGCAAAAUUACGGCUCGCCUAUAUGUACAUUUCAGCAAGUAAUUCAGAUAAAAACUAUUUUGGAUAACAUGACUAAUUGGGCAAAUUCGAAAGAAACUGUCCCCAAAAGAAAGACUAACGGCACGAGCUAGCUGAAGCAGCGUAGAAAGUGAUAUGUAAAUAAACUGUUAACGUGUAAAUAAAUUUAUGUACAGAGAGAAUUGACAGAAUUACUUGUAUAAAAAUGUACAUUAGGUAAAUACGUAUGCGGACGUGUGUAUUAUAUGUGUAUAUAUGACGAUUGAUGGAAUUGUGCACGUGGUGCGCACAAAAAAAAUGGGGUAAUAAAUAGCGAAUUCGUAGAGUCUUACGUAAAUAUAUUAGAUAGAUUCACUCGUUACUUUAUAAAUCAUACGCGAUUAUUGCCCUGUUUCUCCUUACGUUCUUUUGGUGUGUUUUUGCCAAAAUGACAACGCGAUAUAUUGACGAUUUCUGUGAGCGCUGUAAGCUCCGAAAAAAAGUGUUAAUGAGUGACACUGAUUGUGAGAGUUGCGAAGUGUGCCAAUGACAUUCAUAAAAUAUAAUUUUAAUGCUAGUUUUAAUUAAGUAAGUGUUAAGUAAGUUGUGCACGUUUUCUUACAUUUUUCUAUUUCUGCUGCGUCUUCGACAAAAUCGGGAUCAGUGGAAAAUGCAAGAGAAUAGUCUGACGGUUAUUAUAAAUUGGUGCACGUUUUCCUAUAUUUUCUCAGGAAAAGAUUUAAUUUAGGAAUUUAUUACAUUUCUGGUUAAGGAUCUUUAGUUUUUAAAU